GGUGUAGUGUGUAUCCUCACCACUAGCAUGUCGGCCCGUGCGAACGAUGAUUGGGGCCGUGCUGUGGUGCGGUGUUGUGUGACACUAUUGCUCUACGUACUCGCUUCAUCCGUACCGGGGCAUGAACGGACAUCGCUCGUGUACGGAUCGAUCGACAGUGGCACGGUGGCGGCGCAGCUUGCAACGCGCAAUAGCACCAACUAUCAUCUGCUCUCUAGUGAUAAUGGCAGUAAUAGUAGUCACCCGAGUGAUCCGUCACCAUUGGCAGCUGUCACCGUGACAGCACCAAGCGAUGGCAACCACUUUGUGAACCGAUCAUCACGUGACACUGUCGGCGAGGCUCCGUACGACGAUGGCUGCGAUCAUGUACGAGCAAAUACUGGCGUUGUGAAUCAACACCCCAGGAUCGCCGACGAUACGCAGGGUAGCUACGUCAAGUUUGCCAUACUGCUGCCGAAAAAGCCGAGCAAAAACCGUGACAUACGCAUCCUGUCCACGGUGCUGCCGGUGAUCGAGAUGGCCACGCGCGUGGUGACGGCACCCGGUGGCUUGCUACAGAACUUGCGCAUCGAAAUCGACUACCGGGAUACGCAGUGUUCGUCGACGUACGGCGCACUGGGAGCGUUCGAUAUAUUUCUCAAGCGUAAACCAGAUGUGUUCUUUGGUCCGAUCUGCGACUACGUGAUUGCACCGAUCGCCCGCUACAGCUCCGUCUGGGGCAUCCCGCUAAUCACGUCCGGCGGGCUGACCGAAGCGUUCACGCUCAAAGCGCCCCACUACCGGACGCUGACGCGCAUGAUGGGCAACUACCACGCGUUCGGGCUGAUGAUGCGCGAAAUUCACCGGCACUACAACUGGACGAUCCAGGCGUACCUGUACCAUGAGUUUGACGAAAAGUCCGGGCGCGGCUUCACCGACUGCUCGAUGGCGAUCACCUCCAUCAACCGGGCGAUCGGCGGCAACGAAACAUCGCCCGGAACCUUCGACGAGGAGACGGCCAAGUAUGCCGAUUACCUUCGACUGCUGCGUAAUAUCAAGAAGCGGGCAAGAAUUGUCAUCAUGUGUGCCAGCCCGUCGACAAUACGGGAAAUUAUGCUAGCGGCCGCCGAACUCAACAUGGUCAACAGUGGCGAGUACGUGUUCUUCAACAUUGAAAUCUUUGGAAGCAUGACGGCCACGAAGCAGCCACCCUGGUACGCCAAAAACGACACCGACGAGCGCAACCAGAAGGCGAAGGAAGCGUUCACCGCCCUGCUACAGGUGGUUGCCCGCGAACCGGAGGACGAAGAGUAUCGUCAGUUUUCCAAGGAGGUGAAGGAACUGACCAAGACAAAGUACAACCACACGUACGCCGAGGAUGAGCCCGUGUCAACGUUUGUGACGGCCUUCUACGAUGCGGUACUGCUGUACGCGUACGCCCUCAAUGACAGCAUUGCGCAGCUCGGGGUGGAGCGUGCCCUCCGGCAGCCCAUCAACGGUACGCACCUGGCCCAGUUGAUGUGGGGCCGAAGCUUUAAGGGCAUUACCGGCAACGUGACGAUAGACUCGAACGGUGACCGUAUAUCGAAUUAUUCCCUGCUCGAUCUGAACCCCGAGACGGGUCUGUUUGAGGUCGUGGCGAACUAUUACUACGGCGGUGGGGUGCAGUUUGUCGAGGGUAAAGCCAUCCACUGGGCAGGCGAUCGCACAAAGGCACCGCCAGACCGACCGACCUGCGGUUUCGAUGGGUCCCUGUGUCCGGAUAAUUCACUGCCCGGCUAUGCCAUACUGUCGCUCGUGCUUGGGGUUUGCGUCGUCUGCAUGGGCAUCGCGUCCAUCGUGGGCUAUCGGCACUACAAGCUCGAGGCGGAAAUUAACUCCAUGACCUGGAAGGUGAACCCGAACGAUGUGCUGUCGUGCAAUCCGAGCCGCGGCCAUCGGGGCAGCUUCCACUCGAUGGUAAAGCGGGGCAGCCAAGCCACGAUCUACUCCGAGGAUCUUAACUCGCUGCCCGGCGAUCGGCAGAUCUACAUCCACUUCGGCUUCUACAAGGGCUGCAAGGUGGCGAUCAAGAAGAUCAACGUACAAAACCUCAGCCUCACCCGGUCGCUGAUGCUGGAGUUCAAGCGCAUGAAGGACAUCCAGCACGACCAUCUGGUGCGGUUCUACGGCGCCUGUCUCGAUCUGCACCCGGAACCGUUCAUUCUGACCGAGUACUGCCCGAAGGGUUCGCUGCAGGACAUACUGGAGAACGAAACGAUCAAGCUGGACUGGAUGUUUAAGAUCUCGCUGAUGCACGACAUCGUCAAGGGGAUGGCGUUCCUGCACUCGACCGAUCUGCACUCGCACGGUUCGCUCAAGUCGUCCAACUGUGUGGUGGAUUCGAGGUUCGUGCUAAAGGUGACGGACUUUGGGCUGCAUCAGCUGCGCCGCAGCACCGACGAUGCCGACAUCGAGAGCUAUGCCUACUGGCAAAAGCUGCUGUGGACCGCUCCGGAACUGCUGCGCGAUCCCCAGUGUCCGCCGGCGGGCAGCCAGAAAGGGGACGUCUACUCGUUCGGCAUCAUCAUCCAGGAGAUUGUAUCGCGCCAGGGUCCGUUCUAUCUCGGCACCGAGGAGAAAUCUCCCAAAGAAAUUAUUAAACUAGUCAGAGACGGGCCGGGAAUAUUGGACGCUCCCUUCCGGCCAAAGGUGGACGAGUCGUCGUACGAGGACGUAAACAACAUCAUGAUCAAAUGCUGGUCAGAGGAACCGACAGACCGACCCGACUUUAGUGGGCUCAAAACCAUCAUCAGAAAAAUUAACAAAGAAAAUGAAUCUGGUAACAUAUUAGAUAAUUUAUUGCAACGCAUGGAGCAGUAUGCGAACAAUCUGGAGGCCCUGGUGGACGAGCGAACGCAGGACUACUUCGAGGAGAAGCGCAAAUGCGAGGAACUGUUGUACCAACUGUUGCCCAAAUCCGUAGCGGCACAGCUGAUCAUGGGCAAAUCUGUGAUAGCGGAAACGUAUGAUCAAGUAACUAUUUAUUUUAGCGAUAUUGUCGGCUUCACCUCGAUAUCGGCGCAGAGCACCCCGAUGCAGGUCGUCGAUCUGCUGAACGAUCUCUACACCUGCUUCGAUUCGAUCGUGGAAAACUUUGACGUGUACAAGGUCGAAACCAUCGGUGACGCUUACAUGGUCGUGUCCGGGCUUCCGGUGCGGAACGGUAAUCUGCACGCGCGGGAAAUCUCCCGCAUGGCGCUCCGGCUGCUGGCGGCCGUCUACAAGUUCACCAUACGCCAUCGGCCGAACGAGCAGCUACGGUUGCGGAUAGGACUGCACAGCGGACCAUGCGUGGCCGGUGUGGUCGGCUUAAAGAUGCCACGGUACUGUCUGUUCGGCGACACGGUCAACACGGCCAGCCGGAUGGAAUCGAACGGCGAGGCGCUGAAGAUACACGUCAGCCACACCACCAAACUGCUGCUCGACACCUUCGGCACGUUCGACCUGACCGAACGGGGUCUCGUGCCGAUGAAGGGCAAGGGCGAGAUGCUGACCUACUGGCUGAACGGUGAGCGGACCGAAGCGAUCGCCGCCGCCCCGCUACCGAACGGACUGAAAGUGAUGUCUCCCGCGGGGACAUCCCCUGCAUCGAUCAUGGCGAGCCGUAACGGGCCAACACUGCUUGCCACCGACAGUGUCCCCGCGUCCGAUCCUCAGCAGCAGCCACUACUACUGCCAACGGCGACCAGUGCCAGUCAAGUGAACGGAACGGUCGCCUCACCACCGGCCGGUAUCCUGAUCAACCAUCACAACCACCACCAUAACAACAACCACAACAACAACAACAACAACAAUAACAACAACAACUCACCCUGUAGCAUCAACCACAACCACAGCAACAGCUCACCCAACAGCUGCCAUAAUCCGUCGGCACCGGCCAAAAAGCUCAACAGCGUGUCGUACAGCUUCGCGAAAGCGCCCGGCAACAGUAGUAGCAACAACAGUAACGGUGCCGCUGCCGCUGCCGCUGCUGCUGCGAGUGCGAAAGCUUCCAAACCAAAGCUCCCCGAGGUGGAGGCGUUACGUGGCGCUAGCGUUACGAAACCGUUACUUACUUGAACGAUUCGAACGAACUGGCGUGAACGAACGACUGCAGACUGCAAAGAGAAAUAGAGAGAAGGAGAGAGACAAGGGGGGAGCAGCGUCUGAUUAAUUAUUUGUGAUGUUAUUUUUAUUACCAUUUUUCCCUCCUCUUUUGUACUUCAGGAGAAGGAACAUUUUCAUCCUGUAAAGGAGGCAAUUAUUUUGUUUUCUCACCAGAAAAAAUGACACAAAUAAUGCAAUUUAGCGUGUGUAUGUGUGUGUGUGUCGUAGCUGGAAAACAUGCAGGGAUAUUGUAUUAAGUUUGCAUCGUAAUGGCAAGGAAAAUUGUCAAUUUGCUCUCAAUUUUCUUUGUACCGAGACGGAGUAUCUAUCAAGGAGAGUAGGCAAAAUGUGCUUAAAAAACCUUUGAUUGCAUCCCUUGCAACAACGACCCUUAAGCGUGUAACUGUGUAAAUUGUGUGUUGUGUAGCUCACUGAAUCGUGCUGUAAUGAUUGAAACAAUGGCGUGUGCGAACGGUCCCGCACCUUGGUUUCCAAGGACGCCGAUACCGCCAGCAACCGUUUGAACAAACAGGAGGAGAAAUUCAACGUGUAAAAAGGUAAUAAGAUAAGGUGGGAAGGGAAGAGAAGGGAAGAAACACCCCCAAAAUUCGAUGUGUAUAAAGUGUAAUCCGGUAGAACAGUUACUAGAAGCGAGAGUGAUUGUAAUCCUUGUUUUAGUUAUUGUGUGUGAAUGUCCUCCAUCUAUAAAAGUAUCGUAGUAGAGUACUUGUGUAAAAGAAUUGUGCCACAAUUGCAAACUGUUAUGCAAAAACCGUUGGAGUUGCAAGACUUAAAACUGUUGUGAACUAAGGCGAAAGGACGUAAACAAAACAAAUGGAGGAUCACUCUAAAAUUGUAUUUUAUGUUUAUUUUUUGUAAGUGUACAUGUAAUGUAGUACAGUAGCAAGUUUUAACACUGUAGUAAGAUGUAACGAUGUGAUGUUGAUGUGAGAACGCAUAGGAGAAGAAGAAGAAGAAGAAGAAGCAAAUAAAUGGAAAGAGAAAAGUAGAAACCGAACAGGAAAGAAAGCAACGCGCAAAAUGCCAUUUGUAAAGUAGUAUACUUUGUGUAACAACAACAAACAAACAAACAAAUAAACGAAUCGUGUAUGUUAACACGAAUCAGUGUGUAAAGAACGUGCCAAGAGAGAGGGAUGGAGGGGGGAAGGAUUGGAAGCGAAUGAUUAAACUUUUCCUUCUGAGAAGUGUAAUUGAUUCCACCAAACUCGAAGGGAAAAACAAAAUUGUGGUUGUGUAUUUGUGCGACGCGAGCCAAUAAAGAGUUGUAUUUAUGCAUUAAACAAA